GGUGCCAUUGUCAGUAAAUCCGUCGUACCGAACGUAUCGUAUGCACUACCUGAUGUUUCUUGGUUGAAAGUUUUCUAACGAGAAAGUUUAUCUUGAAACCUGUAUACUGUGCGAUUGUUUUUCAGUGUAUGAGUAUCACCAUGCUUGAUAAACGAUUACAAGAGUAUCGCAAGUACCAACAAAUAACUAAGAUUCUACUCAUCGUCAGUGGUUGUUGGUAUAUGUCCAAAAAAUCCGGCAAAUCCACGCGCUACUGGCCAGUGUGUGCGUUUUUGUUAAUGAUAAUGUACCUAACAAUGUCCUUUCGUGCGGUCUAUAUUUUUAGACACAAAUUUACAAUUGUGAUGAAAAUGGUAGGCGUGGUUAUGUCUUCAGUUAGCGCUACUAUCAAGGUGUCCAUCUUCAUGAUAAAUCGCAACUCUCUGAUUAAUAAUCACCGGACGUUGAAUGAUUUUUAUGAGGAGGAGCUUGUGCAAAACGAAAAAAUCCGUUCGAUAAUAUUUUCGUCCCUGCGUACAACUUAUACCAUAGGGUAUACAUAUGUGAUCCUUCUGAUAGGAUUGGUCAUGGCAUAUAUUGUACCUCCGUAUAUAUUCAUAAUUCGCAAUAUUUCCCACUUCAAUUCAAUUACGAAUUACACCCUGCCGAUCAGCAGAGGGUACGGAUACUUCUGGACCGUUCCCGAUAAUUUUUUGUAUCAUCUUCAUUUAAUCGUCGAAACGAUUAUCGCGACGGUCAGUUGCAUUACGGCGUGCGCCGUCGAGAAUGUUUUUGGUUUCUUUGCCUACCAAUUGGCCUCGACGAUGCGCGGUAUGACUUACAGGCUCACGAAUCCUCUGCCCAAUGAGCAAUUUUCGGAUCUGUUGAAAACGUGCAUUGAAAAGCAUCAGAAGUUGCUGCGAUGUCGCGACAUACUGGAAAAAGUCUAUGGACCCAUCAUCUUUUGGCAUAUUAUCACCAAUGCUAUGCUUUUCUGCUCGUUGAUAUACGAUAUUACAACGCAAUUUGAAUUUACUGUUGUCAGCACACUUACGUUUCUGAUAUGGUCUUUAAUAAAGCUGCUCCAAAUGUUUAUAUACGCAUGGAACGGCACUGUUAUUACAAAUGCGAGCGAUGAUUUUCGUAAUGGAAUAUACUUUGGCGAGUGGCCUAAAUCUGAUCUCGACCGUCACGUCAGAACAAAUGUUAUGCUGACGAUGAUGCAAAAACCGAUGACUAUAUAUGCAAUUUUCUCUCGCGUCGAGAUAGUCUUGUUCACGAAUUUUGUAAACACUACAAUGUCCUAUUUCUUCUUGUUACAAUCUAUUGGUGAUAAAAGCGAAUAAAAAUGUUCUAUCUAUGUCUCGUAAACUCUGGCAAACACAAUAUUACGUUAAUAAGAGAAUAUAAUUUGAAAGUACAAUCAAUGCUUUAUUAACUUUUUAUUAUUAUACUAUUAGGAUUUAAAAUGUUUAAACUGUUUGUUUUAAAAUAUAUAAAUGAUUGAGGGGAUUA